UUUUUUCCCUUUGUUUUCUGCUAUUUCGCCUCGCUUUCUUUCUCUCUCUGGUAUCGUACAUAUAUCUCAUUUCUUUGCUUUUUCUUGUCGUCCACCACAUCUCUCUCCACAGCAAAAAUUCCUUUCCAAUUGACAAAUUGGGGUUCGCCACAAGAAAUUGUCCACUGGAUUCUCCACAGGAGGCUUCUUGCUGAGAUAUUUCUCGGCGAUUUUUGUUGAGAUUGAUGGAGUUGGGGAGCCGAGCUCUCAGCUGCGCUGCUACUCUGCUGCUGCAGCUGCUGUUGUUCGUUUCUUCAGUGUUCGCCGGCGACAUAGUUCACCAAGACGAUGUUGCUCCGAAGCGGCCUGGUUGCGACAAUAAUUUUGUGCUGGUCAAGGUACCAAUUUGGGUAGAUGGGAAAGAAGACAUGGAGUUUGUGGGUGUUGGUGCUCGCUUUGGUCCCACCUUGGAAUCGAAAGAGAAGCGUGCUACCCAGACUAAAGUAGCUCUUGCAGAUCCUCCUGAUUGUUGUAGUAAACCAAGAAAUAAGUUGACAGGUGAGGUUAUCUUGGUUCACCGUGGAAAUUGCAGUUUUGUUACCAAAGCAAAUGUUGCCGAAGCUGCCGGUGCUUCAGCUCUACUCAUAAUAAAUAACCAGACAGAACUCUUCAAGAUGGUUUGUGAGGCAAAUGAAACUGAUGUGGAUAUCGGCAUUCCUGUUGUCAUGCUUCCUCAAGAUGCUGGUGAAAUAUUGAAAAAAAACAUGAGGAAUGGUUCACAUGUUUCCAUUCAAAUUUACUCCCCAAAACGUCCACCAGUUGAUGUUGCUGAAGUGUUUUUAUGGCUAAUGGCUGUUGGCACCAUCUUAUGUGCAUCUUAUUGGUCUGCAUGGUCUGCCAGAGAAACAGCUGUUGAGCAGGACAAGCUCUUAAAGGAUGGCUCGGAAGAGUACAUUGCGAAGAAUGCUUACCAAUCCAGUGGUGUUGUGGAGAUCAACACAAGUGCAGCUAUAUUCUUUGUCGUGAUCGCUUCCUGUUUCUUGGUUAUGCUUUAUAAGUUGAUGUCUUACUGGUUCAUUGAGAUUCUGGUGGUGGUGUUUUGCAUAGGUGGAGUUGAGGGAAUGCAAACAUGUCUAGUGACCUUGUUAUCGUGUUUCAGAUGGUUCGAGCAUGCCGCGGACUCAUUUGUUAAAGUACCUUUUCUGGGACCCGUUUCUUAUCUGACCAUGGCCGUUUCUCCAUUCUGCAUAGCUUUUGCUGUUUUAUGGGCAGUCUACCGCACUAUCUCCUUCGCCUGGAUUGGCCAAGAUAUACUUGGCAUUGCAUUGAUAAUCACGGUUCUCCAGAUCGUUCAAGUCCCGAAUCUUAAGGUGGGUGCAGUGCUUCUUGGUUGUGCAUUCUUGUACGACAUAUUUUGGGUAUUUGUAUCCAAAUGGUGGUUCCAUAAGAGUGUGAUGAUAGUGGUUGCACGUGGUGAUGGAAGUGGAGAAGAUGGCAUUCCGAUGCUACUAAAAAUACCUCGACUUUUCGAUCCUUGGGGUGGAUACAGCAUCAUUGGUUUUGGUGAUAUUAUUAUCCCAGGAUUACUCGUCGCAUAUUCCCUAAGAUAUGACUGGCUGGCUAAGAAAACGCUGAAAGCCGGAUAUUUCCUGUGGGCAAUGGUUGCGUAUGGAUUAGGCCUUUUGGUUACGUACGUGGCUCUGAACAUGAUGGAUGGACAUGGCCAGCCGGCACUUCUGUACAUUGUUCCAUUUACACUUGGCACUCUAAUCACGUUGGCGAAUAAGAGAGGCGAUCUGAAGCAUUUAUGGACACGGGGGAAGCCCGAUAGACCUUGCCCUCAUGUUCAGCUUCAAGCCGACGAACUCAAUCGAUGAGUUAACUCUAUCGGUCAGACUCUCUCUCACUCAUGUAUUAUUAUUAUUAUUGUCUAUUUAGACUAGAAUGAAAGUUGAGUUAUGUGCUGACUUGCUUAUAUUUGUUUGCUAACUUGAGAGUCUCAAUGUAAUUUUAUGUGUGUGUGUGUGUGUAAUUUACUGAACCUUUAGAUCCAUUUUUAUCAUCUACAUUAUGUUUCUUUUCAAUAAUAACUUUUUUUUUUUUUU